AAUAACUUCAGUUUUAUAACAACUGAACUAAUAAAGUUCCUUGAUUAUGUUAUGAAAUGAUCCUAUGUGGCUAGAAAUUACUGCCCCUUUAACAAUAUCGGAACAUUAGGAAUUCUUUAUGAAGUUACCUAAUUUUACCGACUUUAAAGUCCAGCUCAAACAGCAGAGUGAAUCUGUAACAGAGUCCAGUCCCACCCACCAGCCCCUCUGGAAUCUGAAGAGGGGCGACUGUCUCAUUCCCAGUCCGGCUGGUUUUCUUCUCCAAGUUUCUCCCUCUGGCUGCACAGACCGCAGCGUCGCAUCUACUUCAGAUGGACGUGCUGGACGUUCCCGCAGACCGCCAGAAAGGAUGGUACCUUUCACUCAUGGCCCCCAACACAAAAGGACCAGAGUUCGCCUGGCUGGACCCGUCCAGACUCUACUGCAACUCGCAGGCUCUGGCAGACUGCGUCAAAGACCUUCUGGGUCCGUUUCACAGCGACCCCGUUGACCUGGUUGCCGGGAUCGAUGCCAUGGGAUUUAUUCUUGGGGCGUCUGUCGCCACGACUCUUGGAAAAGGUUUCCUGGCCAUUCGUAAAGCGGGUCAUCUGUGUGUAGCGACCCGAAACCAGAACUACACAGACUACACAGGAAGAGAAAAGACUAUGGAAGUAAGACUGGAUGUGCUAAAACCAGGUCUGAGGGUCUUGCUGGUGGACCAGUGGAUAGAGACGGGCGGCACGAUGAGGGCCGCCAUCCAGCUGGUGGAGAACCUGGGAGCCACGGUCGCAGGUGUGGCAGCCGUGGCCAUCGAGAACACGGAGGGAGGGAAGUGGAUCAAGGAAAACUACAAGUUCUCCCACUGCAUCCCAGAAGGGCUGCAGGGCCAAGUGGACGGGAAACACCUGGACUCUUUCAAGAGCCUCACCAAGUAGAGGCGACCCUUAACGAAGACGACUAAGACGCAUUUUACGUGAAAUGCUUUAAUUUGCAUAGAGAUACUGUGACGUAGUAGGUUUAAUAUUUUUUUUUUUUUACUAACUAAAAUUAUUUGACAUGAUUGUAUUACUGGCAUGAAAUAAAAGAUUAAACACUUAAUGAUUAAACAGCAACGACUAGUCAAUGCAAACAGAAAACAGGCGCUACAACAAAAUUCAGUCGCUGAUUUGAUAGAAAGUCGUGUAAAACGUACCCAUCAGGAUUCCUGGAAAUGUUUUUAAAGUAGGGAGCAGCGAGCAGCAUGAGGCGUGCCAGAGAAGACGGUGAUCAUCAAAGAGUGUGGUUUAGAAAUGAAUUUAGAAAUGAAUUUAUUCACUAUCAGUGUUUACAACGCUCAGCCUAAGUCUGUAAUAAAUGGCAGCUUCAUGCUGAAACGACAGUA